CCCCCGCAGAGGAGGGGCGUUUUCCGGGGCAGCGGGGGCGGGGAGGGUCUGGCCCCGGCCGCCCGCGGGUCUGGCUCGCGUCUCCGGUUCCGGCGGGGCGGGCGCCGGACAGUGGCCUUUAUGGGAACGUUUUCCUUCGGGGUCGGACAAAGGCGGCGCCACCAUGGCUCUCAGCGUGGCCGACAAAGGCUCCGGCACCAAGGAAUGGAGCAAGAGCCACAAAAUGGAGAGCCUGCUGAAAUUAAGAUCAUCCAGGAAGCAUACAAGAAGGCCUUUUUAUUUGUUAAUAAGGGACUGAAUACAGAUGAAUUAGGUCAGAAGGAAGAAGCAAAGAACUACUAUAAGCAAGGAACAGGACACUUGCUCAGAGGAAACAUAUCAUCGACAGAGCCUGAACACAUAGGUGCUGGGUGGGAAUCUGCUAGGCAGAUGCAACAGAAAAUGAAAGAAACACUACAGAAUGUACGUACCAGGUUGGAAAUUCUGGAGAAGGGUCUUGCCACUCUACGGAAUGAUCUUCAGGAAGUACCCAAGUUAUAUCCAGAAUUUCCACCUAAAGACAUGCCUGAAAAGUCACCAGAGCCUCAGUCCUUUAGUUCACCUCCUCAGCACACUGAAGUAAAUGGAAACACUUCAAUGACAAGUACAGGGUUGGUUCCUGCACCUAGUUCUUUAUCCUUACCAUCUCAGAGUCCUCCCGCAGAAGCACCUCCUGCUUAUACUCCUCAGGCUGCUGAGGGUCAUUACACUGUAUCCUAUGGAAUAGAAUCUGGGGAAUUUUCAUCAGUUGGAGAAGACUUUUACAGGAAUCAUUCUCAGCCACCUCCUCUUGAGACCUUAGGGCUAGAUGCAGAUGAGUUGAUUUUGAUACCAAACGGAGUACAGAUUUUUUUUGUAAAUCCUGCAGGGGAGGUUAGUGUACCUUCAUAUCCAGGGUACCUUCGAAUUGUGAGGUUCUUGGAUAAUUCUCUUGAUACUGUUCUAAACCAUCCUCCUGGGUUCCUUCAGGUUUUUGACUGGUUGUAUCCUCUAGUUCCUGAUAGAUCUCCAGUUCUUAAAUGUACUGUGGGAGCCUACAUGUUUCCUGAUACCAUGUUACAAGCAUCAGGAUGCUUUGUGGGGGUUGUCUUGUCUUCUGAAUUACCAGAAGAUGAUAGAGAACUUUUUGAGGAUUUAUUAAGACAGAUGUCUGACCUUCAGCUUCAGGACCCUGAGGACUAGCUGACCCUGGCCAAGGAACACAGCCAAUGGGCAUGGUGCCCUGCCUGCAGCCAGGCAUUUCCCUCACCCCUGCACAGCUAUGGGUCCCUGCCCCUGUGCCCACAGGCACGACAGAGCACUCACUCACACACUGGGUCUGAUGACUGCAGUUCCCUCCUCACGUCUGCAUCUGCCCACAACCCUCCCAAGGGUCCACACUGCUUCGCACUGCUCCAGACUUUUUCAGCGUAGAUGGAAUCUCGGAUUCUACCGUCAAGGCCAAUGGUGAGCGAGAGUCCUGUCCGCCCCUCCGCCAGGAGAGGAGAGGCCCCCUUCAAGGACCUCACUCUUCACCAGGUGCGGAGGGGCAGCCGAGUCCCACCGAUACUCUCUGGUGCCCCUGCAAACGCCAGGCACCAGGGCUCUGAGACCACAGGAGAUGCGGCCGGUGGGAAGGGACGAUUUCAGAAGAGGUGAGAGGGUAAUUGAACUUUUGUACAACAGGUUAAAAAAAAAAAAUCUUUACUGAUUUGGACAAUAUUGGUCAUAAAUAUCAAAAGCUACACUUUGAAUUCUACAUUAAAAUCCUCUUUCUACCAUAGCUGGGAGUUGUGAUUUUGUUCUUUCAUUUUCUGUGUUUAAAUGAAACACAGACCCACUCCUCACUCAGUAGAUAGUCUUGCAGGCUUAUCAGCUUAUUAGGUGAGAGAGGCGAGGAGGGCCAGCUACAUUGCUCUGGGUGCUCUGAGAUACACCAGGUGCCCCUUGCUCAGAGGACACUUCAGUGUUGGGACCCUGGACAAGAGCAGAGACGGCCUCCCAGAAUCCUGGCAUUUAGAGGUUGAAGGUACUUUCUCAGCACAGCAACCACUAAAACUUGGGAGCCUUUAAAAAUAGUGCUUGCCAGGACCAUUUCCUUUCUCAGGACAGUAGCUGCUACAAUUGGGGAAGAUGGAACACACUCUGCUUCUCUUGCUGAGAUUUCUUCUGACCACCGAUUGAGAAAUUGUGGUGUUCAAGAUCGAACUCCGGAAUUUCCUCGGCCCAGUGGGGAAAAUCAUACAAAAGCAAAAACAAAACAAUAAACGAAACAGGUGAGAAUGUGCAACGUGGCCAGAGGAAGAUUACUUGUAAGUGGACUAAGGGCAGGCAGGACUUGACCUCCGUAACCCCCCCCAAGGGCCUUACAGCCAACCCUUUACCUAGAUUUAUUUUUUUAUUAUAUGUUCAGUUAGCCACUGUGUAAUACACUAUUUGUUUUUUGAUGUAGUGUUCCACGAUUCAUUAGUUGCGUAUAACACCCAGUGCUCAUCACAGCACGUG